AUGGAGAAAUAUUACUCAACCAGGAUCCACUCUGUCACAGGGGACCCCUACACCAUAGUGUCCUGCCACAGGCUCAUGUGGCACCCACUGCAGACCUCGGUCCAGGAAGAGGACCAUCGCUGCAGCCUCAGCCCUGUGUCUCCCAUUUUAUUCCUCUACAAGGCCCCUGGGCUGCAUGCCAGAAAAUUCAGCUAUUUCUCCUCCAUUGCUUCCUACACCCACAUACCUCAGCAGCCUUUCCAUAUUUGCCACACUCCCCGAAAACAGCCAGCCUAUGUUGCUGUGCAUCAAAAUACCUUGAUUCUCAAAAUUCACUUCUUCCUGCACAUCUUGGAAUUGACAGUGAUUCAGGGCCCAGGCAAGAAUCCAGCACACACACCAGAAGACAUACAAAUCAAGGACGAGAUGGACAGGCUGGCGGCCAACAUGGAGGUCAUCACCGACUUCAGCACCCGCAUCAGCGGCACCCUGCGCGACCGCCACCAGCGUGUCACCAAGCUGGCAGAGGUCCACGCUGUGCUGCGCAAGCUGCAGUUCCUGUUCGACUUGCUGUCGCGCCUCACGCAGUGCGUGGAGCUGGGCGCCUACGGGCAGGCGGUGCGGUACCAGGCGCGCACGCGGGCCGUGCUCCAGCAGUACCGGCACCUCCUGGCCCUGCGCGCCAUCCAGGACGACUGCCAGCUCAUCACCGCCCACCUGGCCCAGCAGCUCAGGCAGAAAUUCAGGGAUGGCGAGGCCGGGGCCCCGGAGCUGGGUGAGUGCGUGGAGCUCCUGCUGGCGCUGGGUGAGCUGGCCGGCGAGCUGGCCGACGAGUUCCUGGCCCACGCCCGCGGCCGCCUGGAGGCCGAGCUCGGUGGGCUGGAGGCCCAGCUGGGCCCCUCCCUGCUGGCCCCCGACGUGCUGGAGUUCACCGACUGGGCCGGCAGCGGCUUCGUGGGCGGCCUGUGCCAGGUGCUGGCCUCCUACCGGGCCCUGUUCGGCGCCCGGGGGCCGGCGGGCGACAAGAAGCUGGCGGCCUUCGCCCGGGAGCUGGGCGGCCGCUACCUGGCGCUGGUGGAGCGGCGGCUGGACAGGGAGCAGGGCGGCGGUGGCGGCGGCCUCGGCGGGGACAACUCCUCCCUGCUGGUGCGGGCGCUGGACUGCUUCCACCACCGCCUGCGGGCCCCCGCCGCCGCCCUGCCCAUAGCAGGCCUGGCCCAGGGGGCCGCCGCCAUCGUGGAGCGGGCCGCCCACGCCCGGCUGGCCCUCCACCUGUGGGGCCUGCGCGCCGCCUUCCUGGGCUGCCUGACGGACGUGCAGCAGAGCCUGGCGGCCCCCUGCCUCGGAGCCAAGGAGGGGCCCGGACUGGGCGAGCUGCUGGCCUCCGUGGCCGGGGCCAUGCUGGCCCACAUCAAGGCAGUGCUGGCCGCCGUCCACCUGUUCACCGCCAAUGAGGUGUCCUUUUCCAACCAGGCCUACUUCCGGGGGGAGUUCUGCAGCCAGGGGGUCUGCGAGGGCCUCGUCGUGGGCUUCAUCCGCUGCAUCUGCCAGACGGCCCAGGGCUUCUGCGACAGCCCCGGGGAGAAGGGGGCCGCCACCCCGCCGGCCCUGCUCCUCCUGCUCUCCCGCCUCUGCCUGGACUACGAAACCUCCACCAUCUCCUACAUCCUCACCCUCACCGACGAGCAGUUCCUUGGGCAGGACCACCGUCCGGUGACACUGGUGAGCACGCUGUGCGCAGAGGCACGGGAGACGGUGCGGAGGCUGCUGACCCACUACAUCAAGGUGCAGGGGCUGGUCAUCUCCCAGAUGCUGCACAAGAGCGUGGAGACCCGCGACUGGCUCACCACCCUCGAGCCCUGCAACAUGCACGCCGUCAUGAAGCGCGUCGUCGAGGACACCACCGCCAUCGACGUGCAGGUGGGCCUCCUGUACGAGGAGGGCAUGCGGAAGGCCCAGAGCAGCGACUCCAGCAAGAGGACCUUCUCCGUCUACAGCAGCUCCCGGCAGCAGGGCCGCUACGCCCCUAGAUACACCCCCAGCGCCCCAAUGGACACCAACCUCCUGAGCAACAUCCAGAAGGUUUUCUCCGAGCGCAUCGACGUCUUCAGCCCCGUGGAGUUCAACAAGGUGUUGGUGCUGACGGGCAUCAUCAAGAUCAGCCUGAAGACGCUGCUGGAGUGCGUGCGGCUGCGCACGUUCGGGCGCUGGGGGCUGCAGCAGGUGCAGGUGGACUGCCACUUCCUGCAGCUCUACCUCUGGCGCUUCGUGGCCGACGAGGAGCUGGUCCACCUGCUGCUGGACGAGGUGGUGGCCUCCACCGCCCUGCGCUGCCCCGACCCCGUGCCCAUGGAGCCCAGCAUCAUCGAGGUCAUCUGUGAGCGCGGCUAG